AUGUCGGCCCCGAUCUCAAUCACACCGUUGUCUCCGCCCGAAUCUGUGGCGGGACCAUCAUCUGGACGCAGUCGAGGAAGUGGGAGCAAGACCGUAGCAGUGCUGGGAGCGAGUUAUGGGGGUGCUCGAGCGGCCAAGCUGCUCAGUCAGGGUUUACCAGAAGGCUGGAGACUGGUCGUGAUUGACCGUAAUAGUCAUAUGAACCACGUCUAUGUCUUCCCCCGCUUCACCGUCAUCCCCACACACGCCCCCAAAGCCUACAUCCCCUACGUCAACCACCUGGAGCGCGAGCAUCCCGGCUCCGCCUCGUCCAAAACACCCCUCACUCCUCCUUCGACACCACCGCCCACAUCCGGCUCUCUCCCCUUCACUCGGAAAGAGAUGCACGACCCCCACACCUGGGUACAAGGGAUGAUCACCUCCCUCACUCCCCGCUCCGUCACUUUCCGCCGUAUCCCGUCCGCCCCUACUCGGCGCGGAUCAGGCUCCGAGUCUGGCUCAAUCACAGCCUCAGCGUCAUCGGCAGCUUGGAACGAGUUCACCUCAUUUGAGGGAGAAGAAGAGACAAUACAGUUCGACUAUGCGCUUUAUGCCCUCGGCGCGGGUCUACCGGAUCCGGUCAAUGUGUGGAAGCCGGCGUAUGGAGCGGACUCGCCUGGGGACUUUGAGCUGAGUCCGGGGAGUAAGCGGUGCGGUGUCAGAUUCAUGGAGAAGCAGGCCGCACAGAUGGAGAUGGCAAAGAGGAUAUUGAUUGUUGGAGCGGGAGCAUUGGGUAUACAAUACGCCACAGAUCUCAAGGAGAUAUAUCCAGAGAAAGACAUCACACUUCUGCAUUCCCGACUUCGUCUCAUGUCUCUCUACCCUAUUGAGAUGCACGUCGCCAUCGUCGAGAACCUGGAAAAACUCGGCAUCCACGUCGUCCUCGGCGAACGAGUUGUCACCUGGCCCGACAAUCCCGGCUGUGUCGACGGCGAAGAAAAGCACGUAACAACCGACAAGGGUCGGGACUUCAAAGCCGACCUCGUCCUCGUCUGUACCGGCCAAAAACCACACGUAUCCCUCAUGGCCGCCAUGUCACCCUCCUCCAUUUCACCCCUGACGAACCGGAUCCGCGUCCUGCCGACCAUGCAAAUAUCGCCGGGACCCAUCCGGCCUGCCGUCACCCGGGCAAAUACGGUCGAGCGGCUCGGAGCGCUCAGUCUGCAUGCCCUCCCAACGCCCCCUUCGUCCGCUUCGUCCAUUGAGGAUCUGGAUCGUAAAGCAUCUGGCGGACAAGAAGGGGAGGCAGAACAUCCGGAUAUGAGCCAUUUCUUCGCGGUGGGCGAUUGUGCAGAGACGGGGGCGAUUCAGGCGGGACAUACGGCGUAUUGGCAGGCUGAAGUGGCGGCACGGAAUAUCCUCCGGAUGAUCAGGGCAGACGAGGAGGAUAAGGAGGUUGAGGAGUUGGAAGAGUAUAAGGUGUCGGUGCCGUCUAUCAAGGUUACGCUGGGAAUGAAAACAGCUGUCGUUGCGAAUGCGGAAGGAGUGCAGGUGAAGCAUGAUGGCGUGGAGGAUCUGCAGGCUCUGAUCAUGUGGCCUGGGUUCCAAGCAGAUCACAUGGACGUGCAUGCUUGA